ACACACACAUGCACGCUCACACACGCAUGCACGCGCACACUGAGAGCAGCGUCGGAACCCCCUCCUCGUCACGUCCAGCCAGCGCGAUGCAGAAGUACCGUACGCGUUAACGCAACGAGCGUGCGUGACGUGUCCGGGCACGCGCGAAUGGGCGCAGCGCCAGUCGGUUGAGGUACGCGGGGAGUGGACAGGUGAGCAGCCGAGCAGCGACCCGGGAGCCGCACCGUGUUCCGCGCCGCCCGGCCCGACCCCUCCUCCCGCCAUCCCGUCCGGCGCCCAGCCCGCGGGCCGCGAGGGGAAAUGUCGGAGGACGUCCCCAACGAGCUGCUCGACAGCGUGCGGGAGGCGGUGGGCCUCAGGGUGACGCUGACCCUGCGGCGCCGAGUCCAGCUGGAGGUCAAAGGUGACAAGCUGGAGCCCCGAGUGCUGGCUCUGGCGUCCCAUCGGGCCUUUCUGCUGACGGCUCGGGUCCCCUCCAAGGUCGAGCACUCCUUCAACUACCUGGAUAUCCAGGGAAUCAGCAGCAACAAGCCCACUCAGCUGCUGUUGGAGAGCGAGCGAGGGCUGUGGAGUCUCCGCCUCGGCUCCGUGGAGGAAGUGGACGAGGUCAUCGCUCACAUCGGAGUCUGUCUGCUGAGGAUCUGCCCCACCCGCUCACCUGUCAAGGCGAUGAAGAAGCUGGUCCUGAAGCCCCCGGAGAGGACCACGUCCCUGCAGGCCGUCUGGGACCAGCCGGGCUCCGCGGACCUGGGACCGUGCGGCGGCUUUUCUCUCCAGUACUGGUGUGUGUGUGACCACCUGGGUCUGCCCUACAGGGAGGAGGUCCAAUGGGACGUGGACACCAUCUAUCUCACUCAGGACACCCGAGAGCUCAACCUGCAGGACUUCAUCCACCUGGAGAACAGGGAUCUGGUGGCGAUCAUCGCAGCGCUGGAGUUCAACCCGUGGUUCACGAAGGUCUCCACCAAGGACUACAGACUGUCCACUGAUAUCUGUGACCAGAUCUUGAAGGUGGUGUCCCGGUCCAGCCGGCUGGAGGAGCUGCUGCUGGACAACACUGGACUCAAGAGUGAUUUUGCUCAGAAGCUGGCCAGCGCGCUGUCCUACAACCCGGCCUCCACGCUGCACACACUCAACCUGAGCAACAACUCCCUGGAGGACAAAGGUGUUUCCGCUCUGAGUGCUCAACUCGCCAAACUUCCCAUGGGCCUGAAGCACCUGAACCUCUCCAGGACCUCCUUGUCCCCUAAAGGUGUGAACAUCCUGUGUCAGGCCCUCGCCGCCAACCCGUCGGUGGCCGCCGCCCUCGUGCACCUGGACCUGUCGGGGAACUCUCUCCGAGGCGACGACCUGCCGAACCUGCACGCUUUCCUGAGUCAGCCCAACCACCUGGAGACCCUGGACCUGUCCAACAGCGACUGCUCCGUGGAGCCGGUGUGUGCGUCUCUGCUCAGAGGAUCUUUGAAGCACCUCUCCGUCUUCAACAUGUCGAAGUCGGUCUUCUCCCACAGGAAGUGUAGAGAAGUCUCUCCGUCCUUCAAGCAGUUCUUCAGCGAGGCUCGGGCCCUGAGCAGCGUCAGCCUGUCGGGGACCCGGCUGCCUCCGGAGGCCCUGAAAGCGCUGCUCCUCGGACUCGGCUGCAACCCGAAUCUCAGUGACGUGUCUCUGGACCUCAGCUGCUGCGAGCUGGGUUCUGGAGGCUCUCAGAUCCUGGAGGGCUGCGUGGCCGAGAUCCCCAACAUCUCCAGUCUGGACAUCUCAGACAACGGUCUGGACCUGGAUCUGAGCACCCUGCUGGUCUGGCUGGCCAAGAACCGCUCCAUCAGACACCUGUCGCUGGGCAAGAACUUCAACAACAUCAAGUCCAAGAACGUUUCUCACGUCCUGGACAACCUGGUUCACAUGAUCCAGGAGGAGGAGUCGCCGCUGAUCUCGCUGUCGCUGGCCGACUCCAAGCUGAAGACCGACCUGUCCAUCGUCCUCAAUGCGCUGGGCAGCAACACCUCCCUGACCAGGCUGGACAUCAGUGGGAACUCCAUGGGGGACAUGGGGGCCAAGAUGCUGGCCAAGGCCCUGCAGAUCAACACCAAACUCAGGACCAUCCUGUGGGACAGGAACAACAUCAGUCCUCAGGGCCUACAGGACGUCGCCUCCGCUAUGGAGAAGAACCACACCAUUCGCUUCAUGCCUAUUCCCAUCAUGGACGCCGCUCAGGCACUGAAGGCGAGCCCGGAGAAGACGGAGGAGGCCCUGCUCAAGAUGGAGCAGUUCCUGCUGAGGAACCACGAGACGCGCAAAUACCUCCAGGAGCAGGCGUACCGGCUGCAGCAGGGGAUCGUCACCACCACCACGCAGCAGAUGAUGGACAUGAUUUGCGUCAAGGUGCAGGACCACCUGAACUCUCUGAGGUUCACAGAGACCAGCUCGGUCCAGGAGGACGUGAAGGUGGCCGAAAACUUCAUGAAGGACGCCAGGAACUCCAAGAAACUGCUCCCCAACCUGCACUACCUGAAGAGUGCCGGGUCCAGCGGAGCGUGCGUCGGCGCCAUCGAGGACAAGCUGGAGUCGAUGGCCGGAGACGUCUCGAGGGUCAUCGACGAGCAGCUGCAGACAAUGCUGGUGUCCAUGGUGGACGCUGCCGAGGGCCUGUGUCCCCACGUGAUGAAGAGGAGCAGCCUUCGCCAGGAGCUGCUGAAGGCUGGCGCCGGGAGGAUGACGGUCCCUCGCAGCUUCAUCACCACGACGCUGCUGGAGCAGUCCGGGGUCGACAUCAUCAACAAGAUCAGCGAAGUGAAGCUGAGCAUGGCGUCGUUUCUUUCCGAUCGCAUCGUGGACGAGAUCCUGGAGUCUCUGUCCAGAUCUCAGCACACACUGGGAGAACACGUGGUCCAGAAGAGUCGGCCUCCGCUGCACCACGAGCCCCCGAUGGAGACGGAGGUCCUGGACGAGACGGUCCUGCAGCCAGAGCAGAGCCAGACCCGGGACCAGAACCAGAACCAGAAGCCCGGGCUGCAGGACUUGGACGGCAGCAUUAUGACGCCUAGAUCCAAGAGGAGGAGUAUUCUGGUCCGGAUGCUGCGACCCGUCUCCGUGGCGUUCGAGAUGGAGUUUGACCUGGACAAGGCUCUGGAGGAGGUUCCUCUCCACGUGGAGGACCUUCCUCCUCCUCCUCUUCCUCCGGCCCCCCACGGAGACCUCCCCCCUCCCCCUCCUCCGACGGACGCCAAGCCGCUCUGUCUGGGCGAGCUGCUGCCGGUGGAGCACGAGCUGCUGCAGCACCACACCAAGCUCCGCCCCAAGCCCAGGAAGAGGAGCAGGCCGAGCCGGCCGGCCCGGAGAGCCACCGGCAGCUCCACGGCGCCGGAGGCCGAGCAGAACGGCAUCAUGGGAAAGCUGGACGAGGGCCUGGAUGACUUCUUCUCCAAGAACGUCAUAAAGCUCAGCUUCCGCCUUCCCUCGGCGAGGAGUCCGUCCUCCAGCUCACAGGAAGCAGCCGACAAGAAACACGACUCCAGAAAGAGCGGCUUCUUCAACCUCAUCAAAUCCCGGACGUCCCGCUCGGAGAAGAGCCACGGCGCCGCCUCCAUCGCCCCGCCGCCCCACCCCGCCCCCGCCGCCGCCCCGGUGGCUGAGGAAACGCCGCCGACGUCCCCCACUGCUGCCGCGAGAAACCCCGUUUCUGUGGCGGAGCCCCACCAGGAUCUCCGCAGGGCCGCGUCCUGGGACCACACGGAUUCUGAAACGGGGACCUCGCCGAGCGCCGCCGAGCCUCCCGAGGAGGAGGACGCGGAGAGGAAGGAGAACCUCCACGCUCUCCGCCAUGUCGGGGUCCCCGUGAUGGGCAUGGACCUGCUGGCUGAGAUGAAGGCCAGACAGGAAAGAAUGGCUGUCAAGAAAGCUGAGUCGUCAUCCUUACAGGACAAUGAUAAAGACGUCCGUCUCGUGGUCCCAGCGGACGCUGACGACGAGUCCAGACCGGAGCCGACCCCCAGGUCCAAACCGCCCAGCGUCACCCCCAAACCUCCGCGGUGCUCUGGGCCCCUGAGUCCUGCCAGUCCGACCGUCCCCGGGCCGAGCGGCACCUCCACCUUCGAGGAGUCGGCUGAGGCUCCGACAUCACCUGCCAAAGGACCACUUCCUGCUCCUCGCCUGAAGAGGGCGCCGUCGGAGCAGGAGAGAGAGAGCAGCAGCUCUGCAGGACCCCUCUCUCCACUGGGCGGCGGGUUUCCUGCGGACGGCGACGCAUUCGAGCCGCCCAGCCCGCCGCCUGACGCCGGUGGCCGGCGGUGGUCGUCCCUGAAGAGCGCCGCCGGUCCUCCCGCCGCCGGCCAGGACCACGACCCGGAGCAGCGGGCCAAGUCCCUCCCCGCCUACGUGAGGCCUCCGUCUCUGACGGACACAGACCUCAGACCAGCUGAGGAGGAGAUUCCUACUCCGGCUGCCGACCUCAAGUCGGACGACGAGUCUGACGCCGUCUGACGCCGCCCAGACGCUUUCCUGCCGAGACGCUUUCCCGCCCAGACGCUUUCCCGCCCAGACGCUUUCCUGCCGAGACGCUUUCCCGCCCAGACGCUUUCCUGCCGAGACGCUUUCCCGCCCAGACGCUUUCCCGCCCAGACGCUUUCCCGCCCAGACGCUUUCCCGCCCAGACGCUUUCCCGCCCAGACGCUUUCCCGCCCAGACGAUUUCCCGCCCAGACGCUUUCCCGCCCAGAUGCGUCUCAAUAUAUAUAAUUUUUAUCCUGCAUUCACAACAAGUCCACAAAUUACAAAAAACAGCUGGAACAGAUAAGCAACAAGAAAGUAUGAAAAAAAUAAAUAUAUAUAUAUUCAUAUAUCUAUAUUAUUUUUAUUAAAUGCAUAUUAGCCAGGAGAGACAUGUUAUAAAUAUCACGGGUCAUGUCGUUGUGGCUUCCUCCAACAGUCUGUUGUCUGUUGUCAGAUGUGACGGUGCGUUCAGGUCCCGUCGGACUCGCCGUGAUUCACAGUUCUCCAAACUCGUGCCUUUUCUUUGGUGUUGUUUGUUGUUUGCUGCUCUGCUGCCGCCGUGUUGAUGGCCCACAGUGAAGGUUCAUCAUGUCUGGACUGAGAGACACUUUGGGCUUCAUGUCGUAGAACAAGCACAACAAAUAAUCUGCACAGAUUGACAUGUUCAGGCGCUCGGUGGUGGGGUUCAUUUCUUUGGGAUUAUCUUUGAUGAAUAUAAAUCUUUUUUAUUUUCUUAUAAAGAUUUCCAAAGUAAACACGAUGUUGUUUUGUUUAUGACGUCAACAUGUACGCACCGGGAAACAAGAAGUCAGAAACGUCUUUAUAUGUAGGGUUGUUGUUGUUUACACCAAUAAAGGUUUCACUGUC